AUGGAGAUAUUCCGAAAGGCAGCGGUUGUACGGCUCCGUAGCAACAAGGAGAAAUACCUAAUCGCCGAUGAUGAUCAAGAAUCCGUUCAUCAAGACCGUCGGGGCACAACAAAAAACACCCGAUGGACGGUCGAGAUUGUUCCUGGAUCCAAUCUCAUCCGUCUCCAAAGCUGUUACGGCAAAUACCUUACCGCCACUAAUGUACAUUUCCUCCUCGGAGCCACCGGUAAAAAGGUACUUCAAACCUUACCGGAAAAGUUGGAUUCAUCGGCCGAGUGGGAGCCAAUAUCGGACAGUGGUAUACAUGUACGGUUCAAGAGUCGGUACGGACAAUUUGUAAGAGCCAACAAAGGAUUGCCACCGUGGAGAAACUCUAUCACACACGACAUUCCUAGUCGUACAGUCACACAGAGUGUUGAUGUUCUCCAAAUUCGAGUUAUCAAAGAUGAUGCUGAAUCUACUCAUAGUUCUUCCACAUUUUCACGGAUUGAGUCAGAUGAUUCGUUUACUAUGACUUUACCACCAAAUUCCGAAGGAAGGCUGAUAUGUUAUGAGAUCGGAGAUGAUCGUGGGAACAUAGAUAACGAAACAGAACAAAAAUCAUUGAUUUUCAAUGGAACCGAGUUAACAGAAUUAAAGAAGAGACUAGAGGAAGAAACAGGGAUCGAAGAUAUUAUGGUUUGCUCUAGAAAUCCUUUGAAUGAAAAGCUUUAUCCUCUUCAGUUGCAUCUUCCUCCAAACAACACAACAAUGCACAUCAUCGUCGUUCCUUCUUCAUUCGGUACAAAUUCUCUUUAA